ACCCGCUCGCAGGCGUAAGCUGGUCGAAGGUCAUCGCGUGGAACAGGGACCGGUUCGAUUCUAGGUUCAUUCUUUUCGGGUCCAGCAAAGGACACCGUUUUUGCAUGGUUCAAAUACGGGGUCCUGCUCUUGCUUGAUUUGAAACCAUUGAUUUCCUGCCUACAGUUUGUCAAGGAUCUUAUUCAGUUUCAAAUGCAGUGACUGAAGCAGAAUCACAUUUCAUCUUCACCUGGGUAGACCAAAUUUCGUUACAAAUUUGUCUUCUUUUACAGAAUAAUACACUAUGCUUCGUAUUAGUGCAGCUUCUGCCAAGCGCAUAGCCCAACAGCAAUUCUCUCGCCCUGCUGGGAUCCAAACCACAUGCCGGUACAUCCAUGCUGCUAACACACUACGUCAGGAUGCAAAAAAGAGAGACCCUCCCAAACAUGAGAUCAAAAAGAUCCUGGUUGCAAACCGCGGAGAAAUCGCAAUCCGUGUGUUCCGUGCCGCAACAGAGGCUGGUAUAAGGACCGUUGCUAUCUACUCGGAACAGGAUGCCAACCACAUGCACAGGCAGAAAGCAGAUGAGGCGUAUCUUGUCGGGAAGGGGAUGCCACCAGUUGCUGCUUACUUGAACAUUCCUGAGAUUAUACGGAUUGCUAAGGAGCGGGAGUGUGAUGCUAUCCAUCCAGGAUAUGGCUUCUUAUCAGAGCGAGCAGACUUCGCACACGCCUGCACCAAAAGCGGAGUCAUCUUCAUUGGUCCCUCACCACAGGUAGUCCACAUGAUGGGUGACAAGCUGGAGGCUCGUAAGAUGGCAAUAAAUUCAGGGGUGCCUGUGGUGCCAGGAACUGAGAAUCCAAUCAGGACGGCAGAAGAAGCCAAGCAGUUCUGUGAAGAGCAUGGGCUUCCUGUCAUUACUAAGGCAGCCUACGGAGGUGGAGGGCGUGGUAUGAGGGUUAUAUGGAAGAUGGAAGACGUGGAAGAAUUCUUCAACCUUGCAAGUAAUGAGGCAUAUGCAGCAUUUGGUGACGGCUCAAUGUUUAUUGAGAAAUUUAUUGAGAAACCAAGGCAUAUUGAAGUCCAAGUGAUGGGUGAUAAUUAUGGCGAUGUAGUGCAUCUGUUUGAGCGAGACUGCUCAGUCCAGCGUCGACAUCAGAAGGUCAUUGAGAUCGCUCCAGCUCCUCACCUUGAUGACGCCAUCAGGCAGACUCUGACUGAGGAUGCUGUGCGGCUGUGCAAGGCUGUCGGGUAUUCUAAUGCUGGAACAGUGGAGUUCUUACUGGAUCAGGAAGGGAACCAUUACUUCAUUGAAGUAAAUGCUAGACUGCAGGUUGAGCACACAGUCACAGAGGAGAUCACAGGUGUUGACCUGGUUCGUGCACAGAUAGGCGUGGCUGAAGGGAAGACACUUGGUGAACUUGGACUGGUCCAGGAUAACAUCAAGAUCACAGGUGCUGCCAUCCAGGCUCGAGUCACCACCGAGGAUCCUGCCAACAACUUCACGCCUGAUACGGGCAGGAUCGAGGUGUUCCGUAGCGGUGAGGGCAUGGGCAUCCGGUUGGAUGGCUCUUCUGCUUUCGCUGGUGCCGUCAUCUCGCCUCAUUAUGAUUCACUGCUUACCAAAGUCAUUGCACAUGCAAAUAGCCAUCGGGAAGCUGCCACCAAGCUUCAUCGCUCACUGAGAGAAUUUAGAGUUAGAGGCGUCAAGACCAAUACAGAAUUCAUCCGCAACGUCCUCCAGCACAAAGACUUCCUGGACGGUCACGUGACCACCGACUUCAUCCUUGAAAAUCCAGACAUGCUUAAAGUUGGCAAGGGACAGAACCGUGCCCAAAAGCUACUCAAACAUAUUGGCAACAUUAUGGUCAAUGGACCUGUUACUCUUGGGGCGACUGGACUAAAGCCUUCACGAAUCGACCCCAAGGUCCCAGAGGUACCGGUACAGAACUCUCCGUCGUAUAUUCGUCCCAGUGGAUUUAGGGAUCUUUAUCUGCAUAAAGGUCCUCAAGGCUUUGCCUCAGCCGUCCGAAAAUUGGACCGUCUACUGAUAACGGACACGACAUUCCGUGACGCACAUCAGUCGCUCCUUGCCACUCGUGUUCGGACACACGACAUGGUGAAGAUCGCACCUUUCGUCUCGCACUACUUCGCUAACGCCUUUAGCUUGGAAUGCUGGGGAGGUGCCACGUUCGACGUUGCCUUACGAUUUCUGUACGAGUGUCCCUGGGACCGACUGACAGAGCUUCGAGAGCAGAUUCCCAACAUUCCGUUCCAGAUGCUCCUCCGCGGCGCAAAUGCUGUCGGGUACACCAGCUACCCUGACAACGUGGUCUAUCAGUUCUGUCAAAAAGCCACAGACCGAGGCAUGGACAUUUUCCGAGUUUUUGAUUCCCUGAAUUAUUUACCCAACUUACAGUUGGGAAUCGACGCCGCAGGCCAGGCCGGUGCUAUCGUCGAGGCUGCCAUCUCGUACACUGGAGACGUCACAGACCCCUCCCGCACAAAGUACAACAUCGAUUAUUACAUGGAUCUUGCGUCAAAACUUGCCAAGUCGGGCACCCACAUCCUCUGCAUUAAGGACAUGGCCGGUCUGCUCAAGCCCAAAGCUGCCACUCUCCUGAUUGGCUCCCUGCGUGCCCAGUUCCCUAAACUCCCGAUCCACGUGCAUACCCAUGAUACCGCGGGGGCAGGAGUGGCGUCUAUGUUGGCCGCGGCGGAGGCUGGUGCCGAUGUCGUGGACGUCGCCGUUGACUCAAUGUCUGGUAUGACGUCACAGCCUAGUAUGGGAGCUGUUGUUGCCGCUCUGGAGGGCACGGAACUCGAAACAGGUAUUGCUAUGCAAUCCGUACACGAUUACAGUGCCUACUGGGAGCAAGCUCGACUUUUAUACGCGCCAUUCGAAAGCACAGUGACAAUGAAGAGCGGUAACUCCGACGUGUACGAAAACGAGAUUCCGGGCGGACAGUACACCAACCUACACUUCCAGGCAUAUAGUCUCGGCCUGUCGGACCAGUUUUCCGACAUCAAAAAGAAAUAUGCCACAGCAAACAAACUUCUUGGUGACGUCGUAAAGGUAACGCCCACGUCAAAGGUGGUGGGUGACUUGGCGCAGUUCAUGGUUCAGAACAAUCUGGACGAGAGAGACGUGCUGGAGAAAGCUGAUGAGCUGGACUUCCCUUCCUCCGUAGUCGAGUUUAUGCAAGGCUACUUGGGAGAGCCCCACGGGGGAUUCCCUGAGCCACUUAGAUCAAAGAUUAUCAAGGAUAAGCCGACUAUCAAAGGAAGACCAGGAGAAACGCUUCCUCCAUUCGAUUUCGAAACUCUUGAGACCAAGCUGAAGGAAGAAUUUGGCGAUCAUAGCAUCCGUGAUGUGGACGUGUUGAGCGCUGCGCUUUAUCCCAAGGUGUUUCAUGACUACAUGGUGUUCAAGAAAGAAUUCGGGCCCGUCGAGGGGCUACCCACGAGGCUGUUCUUAAACGGACCAGAGAUCGGAGAGGAAUUCCAAGUCCAACUUGAGGCCGGUAAAGUACUGCACCUGAAGGUCUUAGCAGUGGGAGAUCUCUUGCCUAAUGGCAAUAGAGAGGUGUUUUGUGAGAUGAACGGCCAGCUCAGAUCCGUCAUGAUCCAUGAUAAGGGCGCUACUAAGACCCUGACUCUUCACCCUAAGGCCGACAAGGGCGUCAAGGGUUCCGUAGGCGCUCCCAUGCCCGGCAAAGUUGUAGGCGUUCGCGUCAAAGAGAACGAAGUCGUCAAGAAAGGCAUGCCUUUGGUCGUACUAAGCGCGAUGAAGAUGGAGACGAACGUCAGCGCUCCAAUCGAUGGCAUCGUGAAAAAGAUAUCAGUGUCUCUAAACAGUAACGUGGAGGCCGGAGAUCUUUUGAUUGACAUUGAACCUGAGCAGUAAUCCGUCUGACCCUAGAUAAAAUCAUCGUCCUUCCCUUCUUCUCUUGCCUUUUCCUUAAGGAAGGAAUAGACUGGAGGGAACUGCUGGUGACAAUGGCACUGUAUGUAAGGCAUUGGGGUGUUAAAGUGCUGUUUAAUCUUCAGCUUCACGUUUAGAGAAAAGUUGGGCGAUGUUAAACAGUAGAAUAUUCCUCUUAGGCGUUUCGUAAGACAAAUAUUUAUGUUAACUAGCACUGAAUCCCUCUAGAAGAUUUAGAAUCUUCCUGUUAAUGGUAUAAUAUAUUUUUUGGUAAUUUGGUAAAAACAACAUCGGAGAAGCACUGGGAAAUAUACGUACACAAUGCAUGUAUUUAACAAAGAAAAAUAAAGAAAUGAAAUACU